AUGGGCGACGCGAAACCCGGGAUCGUGAUGGCCAACAGAGAUCGGGAGCUUCUGAUUCCAGUUGCUCAUUCCGGUGAAGAUGAUGACGAUUCUACACCCAAACCCUCGUCUUCGUCUUCUUCUUCUUCCCAUCACACUGGUCACGAGACCUUUUACAAGUUGAUCAGAAGCUGGGCGUCAAAGAAGUUCAUGACUGGAUGUGUGAUCUUGCUUCCAAUGGCCAUCACUUUCUAUGUGACAUGGUGGUUUAUUCAUUUCGUGGAUGGAUUCUUCUCACCAAUAUAUGCUCAACUUGGAAUUGAUAUAUUUGGACUUGGUUUCAUCACAUCCCUUACAUUCAUCUUCUUGGUUGGAGUGUUCAUGUCAUCAUGGUUGGGUACAUCGGUUCUGAAUUUAGGAGAGUGGUUUAUCAAGCGGAUGCCAUUUGUUCGCCACAUCUACAAUGCCUCCAAGCAAAUCAGUACUGCCAUAUCACCAGAUCAAAACACGCAGGCUUUCAAGGAAGUCGCCAUUAUAAGGCAUCCACGUAUUGGUGAAUACGCAAUUGGGUUCAUCACAUCGACUGUUGUUCUCCAGACUUACGCAGAUGAAGAGGAACUUUGCUGUGUGUAUGUGCCUACAAAUCACCUUUACAUUGGAGAUGUGUUCCUUGUAAGUACUAAAGAUGUGAUCAGACCAAAUCUCUCAGUAAGAGAAGGCAUAGAGAUCGUUGUGUCGGGAGGAAUGUCGAUGCCUCAAGUUCUGUCUACACUUGAUAUGAGAAUGGCUCCAGAAAGAAUUAAUUGCACAUUUGAUCUUCAAGCAUUAGAAAGCAAUGGUGUUUUAGAAGUGUUUGUUCUUGAUACCAAGUCCAUUUGUGCUAACACUGUUUGUGUCUAUAUCCUUGAUUCUCCUACUCCAUAG